AUGCCCACCCUCACUCCUGUAGCGAAGAUCUUCGCCCAAGUGCACUCCCCCCGGGGUCUCCGCUUCCCCGAAACGGUCGCCUCUCUCCUCGCCCUUGGCGUCACGCGCUACCACGUCGACUACACCUCCUCCCUGAUAACCGCGUACUCGGCAAGCAAUACUUCCUCCAGACCCAGAACCAUCACAACCGAGCAGAUCACCUUUGUCGGUCCCACUCACAGCGGUCCUAACAUUGAUGUCAACCCCAACGCCACGUGGGACCCCACCGGCGUCAAGACCGCGAUCAAGCGUAUCCAGACGGGCGAGUCGUCUACCUACGCGGACUUCUCGAGCGAGAUCACAGCCGCGGGCGUGGUUGGCUAUUUUGCCUUCCUCGAGGGCAAGAGGGUCGUUUACUACGGCCCUGAAGGCGAGGUGCAUGUCGAGUGGUUCCCUGGGGAUGGGCCGGGGCCGAUAGCUGGCAAGGCGGAACAAUGA